GGGGAUCAUUUAAGGCAGCGCACAUGGCACCGGAAAUGGGAAGUGGGGUUGGAAAUCGACCGCUGCUCCUGCUUGUGAGGUAGAGACGGCGACUGCAGCGUGAGGCUGGGCGCUGCGGCUGAACAGGCGCCGGCAGCUCCAUCGCAGACGGGCUCCCGCAUCGCCGCAGCAUGGCCGAGUCCACUUCUAAAGUGCGAGCGACCACGACCGUCACCGAGACGGAGGUGACUGAGCCGGAAAAUCGUAGUCUCACUAUCAAAUUAAGAAAACGAAAGCCAUCCAAGAAGGUGGAAUGGUCAAGUGACACAGUGGACAACGAACACUUGGGACGGAGAUCUUCCAAAUGCUGCUGCAUCUACGAGAAGCCCCGGGCUUUUGACGAGAGCUCAACAGAAAGUGAAGACGAGGACGACGAAGGCUGCGGCAACGCCCAUUGCAUCCGAGGCCACAAGAAAGGUCAGCAUGGGAAGGCACAGCCCAAAGCGGGCGAUGCUGCUGGUCCCAAGGAGAACAACUCCAAGAAGCUGGAGCUACCUGACCAAAACCACGCAGGGGCGAUGCAGCACUGAACCAUACUGGGCCAGGGGGCAGAGAAGGAGCUCCUCCACUCUCCCCCAAAGAAGGACUGACACUGCCCCAACUGAGGCGAAGGAUGAAAAGAAGGGAAGGCCUAUCCAUCUCAGCUGUCUUGUGGUGGUGCUGCCUUGACUGUGGGUAAGGGGGAGGGAGGGGAGGGGAGGGCACGCACACCUAGCUCCAUGCCUGUCUUUGUGUCAGUGCUGCUACUGUUGUCUCUAUCCAUCUGUGGCUGGUGAGUCUGUCUGGUGCCACCUAUCCUCACCCUGCCCAAUGAGGAAUGUAUUGGCAGGACCUUCUUGGGUACUGUGGCUGAUUUGCCCCCCCCCACCUGCAUCUUAAUUAAAUAUUUGUUAUCAGUGAUGAAUACAACGGGGAGUGGGUCUGCUUUGAGAAGAGCGGUGAUAGAGCUUCAGCCAGGAUCCUUUCUCCUUCCCCUUGUCUUCCUCGGUAUCUCUGGUUUCUUCCUUUAUUGCAAGCUCCUUUCCCCCUUGGUCUUUUUUUAGCCCUGUGUAAGAAACCUACAAUCCACCUGCUUAAUCCUUGUUUGGGUUCUUGUGCACCGAGCCUGCAUCACUAUCGGCUCCGCUGCCUCCCACUUGCAGACCCACUCACGCAAAAUCCCGGCUUCUGACAUAAAGCUGCCUUAAAGGUGCAAUCAUCAUAUCCCUCCACCCUCUUAGCCUCCUAGCUCCUGGAAGAGGGUAGGUUCCACCUCAUCAGUGAUACACGACAAUCUUCACUUGUGUUCAGGUAUCUUCUUAAAAGGACAUGUUUCCCCUGCGAUGUUUUUUGGGUUUUUUUUUUUUUUAAUUUUCUUAUAAACGUCCAUAAGAAUUUUUAGUAAUUGGGAAUGAAAGGAAUGGAGAGGGUGCAAAGGACGUAGGAGAUGGUUGGAGACCUUGUGAGUCUUAACUGAUUUGGGGCCGAGAGGAACUUGAAAGAUGUAAAAGAGAUGAAUGUUGUAUGCCAAGGCAGGGGCUGAUGUAUGGACUCAAAAAGAAAAAGGAAGCUGGGCCCAGUCUUUAUGAUUGAUAAAAUCCCCAUGAUCACCUUGCACAAUCCCUGUAUAUUUUAUUGCCUGGGCAAAAGUUCACAUUAAAUAAGAUCGUUCCUAAAACCACACGGGACUCAGCAGGAGCCUGAGGAACGGGACCUUUUCUUGCGUUGCGUGAACAUUUGAUUACUCUGGCUACCUGUGGUUUUAUGCAGGAGAAGAGACAAUUGUACACUCUCUCUUUCUCUUUUUUAAUCACCCCUGCUGAUUAAAAAAAUUACAUCCCACCAGAAAUGCUCACAGCAGUGUAACCUUUUGGACAGGUAAGCAGGCCUUAAGCUCAGUUUAGUGAGCCUUAGAGCAGGUAUGUUUUUCAGCAGCCACGAUGGCUGAAGAACUACUUUUUUCAGAGAUUAAAGCUGAAGGUGCAUGAUCAUUCUCAGCGGAAACCUUUAAAAUAUGAAACCCAAGGGAUACAACUCCUGUCCCUUAGUGAGGUUUAGCCCCGUUCAUUUUUCAUCACUUAUUUGGUGAAGUGGGUUCUUUCUUAGGGAGAACUCUAUGCAGGAAAGUUUGGGUUUCAGAGAUGCCUGUUGUAUUUUGUGUUCUUGCUAGAUGAAAGUUGGAUUGCAAAAUAACAGAAAAAGGCUGGACCUCCUGGCAUUUUGUGAUAAACCCCAUACUUAGCCGCUAAUUUUUAGGCAAGUUGCAUGGCACAAUAUGGUAAACAUUGUAGUCGAUUGAGCUUAUGGACUUAAAUUAGGUGCCCUUUGCUUCCCCCCCCCCCACAAUGCAAACUUUUGAGUAAACUACAGAUGUACAAAUCUAGGCAGGUUUUAUAAGCUUGUAUAGUAUUAUUGUCUUUUUUCCACCAAAGAAGUAAGAUAUAUGUUUGUUUGCUCAUAAUCAGCUGACAAAAUGGAUUAUGCCUCUGUGACUGCCAUAUUUCAAAGCUAACAUGUUGCAAAACAGGACAUUGGAUGGAAGAGUUCAGUGGCCUGGCCCAGCAAACACAAGAAUUGCUUAUAAGAUGCUAUAAAAUAUUUUUACAAGAAAACACAUAUUGGGUAAAAUGAUUAGGAGGUUAUUUAGACAGUUUCUUGUUGGUCUUGUUAGAAAAUGUUCAUAUUUUUUAAAGCAUUAAAAUGUAUAGUAUAGAUUCACACGUUUGAACUAAAGCCUUGGCUUCCUGGAUCCCUGCCUAAGAAAUGUGACUCUGAGUUUAAGCAACACCACCAUCUCAAGGUCGUGCACUACAGAGUUGUCAAAUUUUGCAUGUGACCUAUUAGAUUUGCAUCAUUCUUUCGUACAGCAAUUUAAUUCCAGUUGAAUAAAAGUCAUGCUUGGCAGAUAAACAAGCUGCCUACAUAUUUCUGAGGAUGGUGGCCUUAACAUUAAAUAGCAUAAUAGAAAUGACAUGCAUAAUAUUGUGGAAAAUUGGUAUGCAUUAACGCUAGGAGACCAGAAACUCAAUCAAAGAAGUUCUCCCCCCUCCCAAGUUAUAAACCUCCUUACACUUUCAAUUUCAUCAAUUAGGAUUUUGCUUGAAACAUUGAGAGUUAGGAUUUUUCCUGGUUUAAAACAUUCCUGAAAUAGCUUUAAAGUACGUUACCAUAGGUGGCCGAACUAAAGUCAUUGGUUAUUUGGGUAAACCAUUGUUUUGAUGAUUUUGCUACAACUGUCCCUUUGUUAUGAAAUGCCAGGUGUUGUUGUCCUAAUGCUUGGAAGGCACCCUGUUUUGAAAAACUAUGCCAUCCUGUCAAGCUCUUGCAUCUUGAAGUGCUGAGCCUGUGCCAAAAUUGUGGUCUGAAUACUUAAGUUGUAUGGGUUUUGCUGGUUAAUAUGUCAGAUUUAUGUUCAUUUGGAAUGUUUGGAACUGUGGGAAAGCUGCCUUGAGCUUCUUGGAGAAGCAGAAUAUAAACAUACUGAAGAAUAAAAUGUCCGUUCAAUGAAUAAGAUAUGAAGUUCUUAAAUGGAUGUCCCUCAGAAUAUAGGAAAAUGACUGAUGUGCUGUAUCUUGAUCUGGUAACUAAGGUUUUAAAUUUUUUUUCUAAGGGUGGGGGAUCUGAUUCUCAACAGGACCUGGUCCCACAUUAUGAAGGAUUGCAAGUUUCCUGUGUUUCUGAGAAGUUACUAGCAAUCUAGUGGAAGAUUCUUCUCUUACUCUGUUCUAGCAGUACUGCAGAUGUUCCUAUUUUAAGUAUAUGUGCAUUUCAGCCAGGAAAAAGUUAGUUUAUUUUUCCCAUCCCACAAGGCAUUAGGAAAAAAAUGUGUAGUUUACUGCAUGCCACAGUUUUUUUUAUGUGCAAAACCCUAAAAGUAAACACCUCUAGCAGCAACAGUGAAAAAGAUACACCUUGUUAUUUUUAUAGACCAAAAGGGGGAGCAAGGUCACCAAGCAAGCAUAGUUCUAAAGGAGAAUUUUACAAGCAGGUGGAGAGUAAAGUUAUAAAUUACUAGAAGAACUGUAUUAAACAUGAGUUUGUUAAGCAAUUCAUAGUAUUUUGGUUCCUUCAUAGCCGAGAAGUCACAGUAUGGCUUAACACCUUGUGUUGGCCUCUCUAGAGACCAAUAUAGUUAUUUAUCACUUCCAGGAUCAAACGGAGCACAGUCCUGAAAAUUAAUUAUUGGAGACCACAUGUCCUGCUUGUACCCUUCUUAAAACAUGUGUUUUCUAAGAAAGAAAGUUGGGCUGGAUAAUUUUUAUUGUGCUGUUGUGUUUUUAUAAUGCGGAAGGUAUUUCAGUUUCUCAGGGCAACCUUUGUUUUGGAUCUGGUGCUGCUUAUAAACAGCUCUGUGCAUUUUGCGCUUUAAGAAUCUGAAAGGUCACAUAAAUUCUGCCUCAAGUA